AUAAGAAAAGUUAGUAAUUUUUUUUGUCUUGUUGUGCCUAUGAAUUGUGUUCCCUGUAGAAAAUUCAACUUUAUUUUAUUUCAGAUUGUUCAGCACAAUUGUUAUUGAAGAAGAUGGAGCAGAUACAAAAACUGCUGUGCCUUCUCAUUGGGUUGACCCAUGUAAAAGUAUUGUGUUUUAUCCAACACGAGGACGGAAAUCUGUUGCUGUUUAUCUAUCUGAAUGAGCAGAACAUGAGGUAGGCUGGCAAGAGUUUAAACUGAUAGAAUAUAUUCUUGAAGCUGGCAGCUAUGAAACUUGCCACGCAAUGUUAAUGUUUCAAACAGAAGAUGAGGAUGAUGAUGUACCUAUUUCGAAAAAGUUUGAAAUAAUUGUUAAAGAAAGAGUUGCUAGUCCAAAACUUAAGAUUGGUGGAAUAAAAACAAAAUUUCAAUAUUUAGACGAACAUGAUGACGUUCCUAUUUCGAAAAAGUUUGAAAUUAUCGAUAAAGAAAGACUGGCUAGUCCAAAACAUAAGCUUGGGGGAAUCAAAACAGAAUUUCAAUAUUUAGACGAACAUGAUGACGUUCAUAAACUUCAAUAUGCUUUGUUCAUGGAUAUCCAGAAAAAUUUUCGCCAGAUCCAAGCUACGCAAGCUUAA